AUGUCGGGCACCAUGAGAGGAACGCCCAAUCGCCCCCAGGGACGCGGCGCCAUCCCCUUCAACACCGGCAGCCCCGCCGGCUCCAACAUCCCCCGUCCUGUCCUGGGCGAAGCUCAUGCCCCGGGCCACGCGAGCCACCUCGGCGGCGCCCAGCCCGCCCCCAGCGAGGUCGCAUCAGGAGUCAGUGCUAGCCGACAAAAGCAGAGCAAGAGAGACGAGCGUCCACCAGCCAUGGUCACCUCAAAGGAACUAAAGGCCCUGCAAGCUGACUACUAUCGCCAGGCCAUCCGCCGCAAGCUCGAGAAUGACCUCAACAAGAAGAAGCACCUCCCGAGCCGGGCUCGCCACUCGCGGAAGGCCCCCCCGGGCACCGUCCUCGCCCUCAAGCCGAGCCCGGCCCUGCAGAUCAAGCCCGGCACCACCGUCGCCGAGGCCGCCCAGUUGAUGGCGGCAAAGAGGGAGGACUGCGUGUUGGUGACCGACGACGAUGACCGAAUCGCCGGUAUCUUCACCGCCAAGGAUCUGGCCUUCCGCGUUGUCGGCGCCGGCUCCAAGGCCAACAACGUCACCAUUGCCGAGAUCAUGACCAAGAACCCGCUGUGCGCCCGUACCGACACCAGCGCCACCGAUGCCCUGGAACUCAUGGUGCGCAAGGGCUUCCGUCACCUGCCCGUCAUGGACGAGAACCAGGAUAUUUCGGGUAUCCUCGAUAUCACCAAGUGCUUCUACGAUGCCAUGGAGAAGCUGGAGCGUGCCUACUCUUCGUCCACGAAGCUCUACGCCGCCCUGGAGGGUGUCCAGUCCGAACUCGGCUCCAGCCAGCCGCAGCAGAUCAUUCAGUACGUCGAGGCCCUUCGGUCCAAGAUGUCCGGCCCUACACUGGAGUCCGUCCUCAACGGCAUGCCGCCCACCACAGUCAGCGUCCGGACCUCGGUCAAGGAAGCCGCCCAGCUCAUGAAGGAGAACCACACGACCGCCGUCCUGGUGCAGGACCAGGGUGCGAUUACGGGUAUCUUUACGAGCAAGGACGUUGUCCUUCGUGUCAUUGCCCCCGGCCUGGACCCUGCGAACUGCAGCGUCGUCCGUGUCAUGACCCCCCACCCCGACUUUGCGCCCAUGGACAUGAGCAUCCAGGCCGCUCUCCGGAAGAUGCAUGACGGCCACUACCUCAACCUUCCCGUCAUGAACGACCAGGGCGAGAUCGUAGGAAUGGUUGACGUUCUCAAGUUGACCUACGCCACCCUCGAGCAAAUUAACACCAUGUCCACGGGCGACAACGAAGGUCCCGCGUGGAACAAGUUCUGGCUGUCCUUCGACAACGAGACCGAGUCCAUGGUAUCCGGCGAUGGUUCUCACCACCAUACUGCCCACACCCGCUCCGUCAUGUCUCCCGACCACACCCGCGAUCGCCUUAACGAGUCCGUAGCGCCCGGUGAUUCGGCCUCCCACAUCGGCAUGGACUCGCCAUCACACUCGGUUGUCACCGGCACACCCGAGGUUCCGCCAGCAGAUAUUCCGUUCGCCUUCAAGUUCAAAGCCCCGAGCGGACGCGUCCACCGCCUCCAGGUUACCGCAAGCCAGGGUAUCGCCACUUUGGUUACCAAUGUCACCUCCAAGCUUGGAUCCGAAGUCGAGUCCAUCGGUGGUGCCCCUGUUGUCGAAGACGGCACUGUCGGAUCCAGCGGCUUCGCGUUGUCCUACAUUGAUGACGAGGGCGACACCGUGUCCAUCACCACAGACCAAGACCUGGUCGAGGCUGUGCUCCUGGCUCGUCACGGCCAUCGCGAAAAGGUUGACUUGUUUGUUCACGACCCUAGCCAGCCACCCGUCACUGUCGCGACACCCCAACCCAUCCCAGAGCUGCCAACGCCUCCCCCUAGCUCGGCGAUGAGCGACGUCAGACGCCGCAGGGCACGCGGCAGCGACGAAGAGGAGAGCGAGAGCGAGGAUGAAGACUACGCCACCGUUCGUAGACGCAAGACGAGGAACGGCGGUUCCCAUGUCGAGAAGGAGGUCAUUGCCGGUGUGCCCAACGAGCUGUUGCUGCCCGGUGCUAUCGUCACUCUGGCAGUCGUCAUUGUCGGUGUCUUCGCCAUCUCGAGGGCGAGCAGCAGGUAG